AUGUACGAGCCACAGGAGAAGCCACAGGACAUGGUCUCCGAGCAUAUCGAAGAGCUACCACAAGGCCAUGGCGAAGAACCAGAAGUCGUUGGCUUCGUCGCCGACACCAAUGAGUUACCACCAGGUUCGAUGAAUCUCUCACUAACAUCCGCGAUGGGAUACUUCCGUUCGAAAUAUUUCCUCGGAUCCCUCUUCGCUACCGGCAUGGGCCUCCUAGCAGCAGUAGGACAAUUUGGAUACGCCGCUCCGGUCCUGGGUAUAAUCGACACCGAUCUAGGUCCAGAUCCGAACUUCAUCUGGAUAUCUCUCAUCUACAAUGUUGCGUUGUCUGUGUUCCUCCCGAUCGUUGGUAGACUGAGUGACAUCUUCGGGCGAAGAUGGUUCUUUAUCGCCGGAGCAGUCGUCGGAGUCGUCGGAACCAUACUCUGCGCCACAGCCAAAAGCAUCAACAUGCUCAUCGUCGCCAAUGCCAUCUGUGGAUUUGCAAAUGCAACACAGCUCUCCUUCCACGUCGUCAUGGGCGAGCUUGUCCCGAUCAAACAUCGUUACCUCAUCAAUGCCAUACUAUACGUCUUCUGUAUCCCAGGUAGCGGCUUCGGCGGAAUCAUAUCAUACAGCUUCGCAGUGCACUACCCAUCCAUCUCCUGGCGUGGACCUUACUGGAUACUCGUUGGUAUCAAUGCCGUUGCUCUCGUCCUCUGGGCAUUAUUCUACUUCCCACCGACCUUUGACAUGAAGCACAAAGACCAAGGUACAGCAAGCAAGAAAGCUUUCUGGAUCAAGAACUAUGACUAUGUUGGCACGGUUCUCUUCACGAUUGGUUUCGUCAUGUUCUUGAUCGGACUGAAUUGGGGCGGCUCAGUAUAUCCAUGGACUUCAGGCAAAGUCAUCGGCAUGAUCGUCGGUGGCUUCGCCGUCCUUGUCGGCUUCGUGCUUUACGAGAUCUAUAUGCCUCUCAAAGCACCCUUUAUGCCAAUGCACUUGUUUCGGAACACUGGUUGGGUUGUCGCCAGUAUCCUCCUCGGCAUCGGUGCAGGUGUCUACUACGCUUUCGCAAUCAUCUUCCCAACACAGUCGGCGGUGCUGUAUGGCAACGGCGACAUGAUCUAUGUUGGGUGGCUCUCGUGCAUCCCUGCCUGUGGGAUCAUCUGCGGCCAGAUCUUUGGCGGUGUGCUGGGCAAGCGGGUUGGGAAGUUCCUCGGCGGUGGCGCAUUCUUAGGUUCCGCAGCAGUAAUCAACACAACCAACAAGAACAUAGAAAUUGCCCUCGUCUUCCUCGGCUGCUGGUUCAUCGGCUGGAACGAAACCAUCUGCCUCGCAAACGCCACAAUCAUCGUCCACGACCAGCAGGAAAUCGGCGUAGCAGGCGGCGUCGCAGGAUCGAUCCGCGGCGCCAUCUCAGCCAUAAGCCUGAGCGUCUACUCUGCCGUCCUGACAAAUCGACUUACCAAGACCGUUGCGAGCGAAGUCCCGACUGCUCUGGUGGGGGCAGGUUUACCGGUGUCCUCGGUGCCGGCGUUUUUGAAAGCUAUUGAGGCUGGGACGGCGGCGGCUUUCCAGGCUGUGCCGGGUAUUUCGGCGGAGAUCAUUGCGACAGGUCUGCAUGCUUACAAGGUGGCGAAUGCGCAGGCGUAUUCGACUGUCUACUUGACUGUGAUUGCUUUUGCUGUUCUUGGCUUCGUUUCGACCUUCUUCGCCGCGAACACGGAGGGCAAGAUGCUUGAUUCCGUGGCCGCGACAUUGCAUGGGCAGGAGGCGUUGGCAGACGAGAAGGAUAAACGAGAUGUAGUCUAG